AUAAAAGUAAAAAAAUUUUGAGUGAAAAUGUUAUGUACUUUAUAAUAAAUAUUAAUAUUAUUAAGUUGGUGAAAUAAUCAAAAAGAAAUUAUAUAAAAGUCUAUUAGCACGAAGAAAAUAUUUGUCAUAAUAUAAUUUUAUGGGAGAUUAAUAGAAAAGAUAUGAAUUCAUCAGCUGAUGUUUGGGUUAUCACCCCAAAAGAAAAGGAAAAAUAUGUUCAACAAUUUAACGCUCUUAAACCGCAAAAUGGAAUCGUUACGGGGGGUCAAGCGAAGGGCUUUUUCCUUCAAUCGCAACUACCACCAAUUGUUCUUGGUCAAAUAUGGGCUUUGGCCGAUACAGAUUCUGACGGAAAAAUGGAUAUUAAUGAGUUCAGUCUGGCCUGUAAGUUAAUUCAUUUAAAACUGCGAGGAUUUGAUAUUCCCCAAACAUUGCCACCAUCAUUAUUAGCUUCAUUACAACCUGGAACAAUUCAGACAACGUCGCCACCCAAUGCUAUGAGACCUAUAAGUACUGUUAAACCAGUUGUAAAUGAGCUUCCACAAAGUGUUGUUUUGCCUAAGCCACCAAUAGGUGUAGUUCCAUAUGUUGCACCUCCAGCACCUAUUUCACAAGUAGGAAAUAUGCCAGUUGCAUCAAUGGCGCCCCACGGCGUUCCAAUGACAGCUCCUGCAGUAAGUGUACCCAUUGCUGGAACCGUACCAAUCACAACCAAACCUGCAGCUGUCAGUGUCUUGCCAUAUGCAGUGCAAGCUGGGGCAAUCCCUACAACUGCUGUUCCAGUAGCAGCUGUCUCUGGGACUAUAAUGCAAGGAAAUGGCGCUCCGGUAGCAGGAAUAGUUCCAAAUGUUGCUACUGCGGCUCCAAAUGGGAGUUCAGUUCAAAUGGUUCAAUUGCAAAUGGGAGCCAUUGCGCAAGGAGUACCACCAAUUAAUGGAAAUUAUGUUCAAUCAAUACCAAAUAAUCAAAUAAACGAGGUUGUGGCAACCCAGAAUAUUGCGCCUGUAUUAAGCACUGAACCAAAAAAAACCGAGGAUGUAGUUUCUCCAAUCCCAAUAAGCUCGCCACCCAGUCAAAUCGUAGCUUCUGAUAGUGGUGAAUGGGGCAUUAAAGGAUCGGUAAAAUUAAAGUACACACAAGUUUUUAAUACAGCUGAUAGAAAUCGAACUGGUUAUCUAACUGGUGCACAAGCUCGAAACAUUUUGGUCCAAAGUAAACUUCCACAAUCUAUUCUUGCGCAAGUUUGGGCUCUAUCAGAUUUAGAUUCGGAUGGUAAAUUGAGUUGCGAUGAAUUUGUAUUAGCUAUGUAUUUGUGUGACAGAGCAAUAGCGGGUGAAAAAAUUCCCAUUGAAUUGCCAAUAGAUUUAAUACCACCGACAUUUAGAAAAAUACGUUCAAGACACAGUUCUAUAUCUAAAACACCACAAAGUUCAUUACCUGCAUCACGGCAUGCAUCCAUUUCAUCUCAGGGUGGUAUAAGUGAUAUUGACCCAGCGGCUGGCUUACCGCAGACUUCGUUUGAGGACAAAAGAAAAGAAAACUUCGACAAAGGGCAAGCUGAAUUAGAAAGAAGGCGCAAAUUGUUGCAAGAACAGCAGAAAAAGGAACAAGAGGAACGUGAAAGAAAAGAACGGGAAGAAGCGGAAAAAAAAGAGAAAGCUCGCCUCGAAAUGGAGAAAAAAAUGCAAGAGGAACUAGAAGAGCAAAUGAGAAUUCAACGAGAAAAAGAACUAGAAAUGGAAGAGCAGAGAAAACGAGCAAUCGAAGCUAAGGAAACCGCUAAAAGAGAGCUAGAAAAACAGAGGCAAAUUGAGUGGGAAAAUCAAAAAAUAUCCGAAAUGCAAUUGAUUCGAAACCGCGAACAAGAAAAAGUUUUGAAAUGUAAAUCUCAAAACCAAACAUUAACAAUCGAAUUAGACACACUUAAUAAUAGGAUUAAGGAGCUCUCUCAAAAAAUUUGUGAAACAAGAGCAAACGUGACCAAUGUUAAGACAUUUAUUGAUGGAAUGAGAUCGACGCGAGAUGCACAAAUGAGCGAAAUGGCACAGCUCAAAGCUAAAAUCAAAGAACAAAACCAAAAACUUCUUCAGCUAACACAAGAAAAAAUUAAAUGGGAUGCUAAAGCUAAAAAUGCUGCAUUAAAUGAAGCCAAUCAGGCACAGAAUAAUGCUGCAUUCGCUAAUAAACAACUCAUAAUUAAGCAGCUUAAAGACAAAAUCGAAAAUAUUAAAAAUGACAUAGAGAAUAAAAAAACUGAUAUUAAUUCAAAUGACAUUCAGUUGGAUGAAAUCAAAGAUGAACUAAAAACCUUAAUAGGAAAAUGUGAUGAAUUAUAUAUUUCAUAUGAUACUCAAAGAAAUCAAGUUCUUGAAUUGAAAAAUAAUAAGGCUAAUUCCAAUCUUAAUUAUUCGGUCGAUAAUUACGGUACUGACACAUUAAAUCAAUCAGCUUGGGCAACUGAUGACAAUAUUAACCAAAUUCAAGUUUCUUCUACUGAUUGCAUUAAAUAUAGAGCUCUUUAUGAAUUUAUUGCUAGAACUGAAGAUGAAAUAUCGUUUCAACCGGGUGAUAUUGUAUUGGUUUCAAAUGAAGCAGGUGAACCUGGCUGGUUUAAAGGGUGUAUUAAUGAACAUUGGGGCUGGUUUCCGGAAAAUUAUGUGGAAAAAUAUGAUGAAACUAUGGUAAAUGAAAACUAUUCAACCUAUGAUACUUAUAGUGCUGCAACAACUGCUGUAGAUAAUUGUGCGAUUCAAGAGCCAGACGUUGAGGCUACUACGGAGCAACAGAUACCUAACGGUGGUGAAAAUGAGUAUUAUAUCGCUGCCUAUCCUUAUGAUUCUUCCGAGCCUGAUGAUUUAAAAUUCAAUGCUGGAGAGAUAAUAAUAGUGACGAAAAAGGAUGGUGACUGGUGGACUGGAAGAAUAGGAGAACGUGUUGGUUUAUUUCCAUCCAAUUAUGUUGAAAAGGCAGAUAUUGGUAGCGGAGAUAAAAAUGUUAUAAAGUCUGAAGUUAUACAAAAUGAUAUGACGACAAAUGAAAUUCAAAAUGUAACAGCAAUCCAACAAAAUGAAGAAUCUCGAACGCAAGAAGAGCUAGAUACUGAAGUUUCACAAAUCAAUACCCAAAAAAAUAUUGAAAAUCAAGGAUCGUACAGUAGACCAAUGUCUCGUACUUCCUCUAUGACACCCGGAAUGCGUGGUAAAAAAGGUGAAAUAGCUCAAGUAUUGGCUCCUUAUGAAGCCACAAGUUCGGAACAACUUUCUUUAGUAAGAGGGCAGUUAAUUAUGAUUCGCAAAAAAACGGAUUCUGGUUGGUGGGAGGGUGAAUUGCAAGCAAAAGGACGUCGUCGUCAAAUAGGUUGGUUCCCGGCGUCGUAUGUUAAAGUUUUGCAAGGAGGACGUAACAGUGGUAGAAACACUCCUUUAUCUGGCAGUAAAAUUGAAAUGAACGAGACCAUACUGGAUAAAGUCAUAGCCCUCUACCCAUAUAAGGCACAAAAUGAUGAUGAACUUUCUUUUGAAAAAGAUGAUAUUAUCAGUGUCAUGGGAAGAGAUGAACCUGAAUGGUGGCGUGGGGAAUUGAAUGGUUUAACCGGACUUUUCCCUAGUAAUUACGUUGGUCCAUUUGUUACAUCAGGAAACGUUUAAUCAUUCUACAUUCUAGAAAAUUGAAUUAUUAAAAAAACUAUAUAAUAUAAAUAAAAUAUAAAUAUAAAAUACAUUUUCAGCAAUAGAAAAUUUUGUGCAAAUAUUCACUACAUAUUAGUUAAUCAUAUUAUAGCAAGAAUGUUAAUGUUAUGUAUUAUUGAAUAUAUUAUUAUUAUGUUUAGUUGUACCUGUAUAAUAUAAACGCAAAUUAAAAUAUAAUAUUCUUCAAAUUUACUAUGUUUCAAAAUUGAAUUAUGUUUAUUCAUUAAUUUAAGACCUAAGUAAACUUCGUUC